AUGAAGGAAUUAGGUGAGUUACAAUAUUUUCUUGGCAUAGAAGUUGCUAGAUCAAAACAUGGCAUAUUUCUAUCCCAAAGAAAAUAUGUGUUAGAUUUGUUAACAGAAAUUGGAAUGCUUGAUUGCAAGCCAGUUGACACACCUAUUGAGCAGAACCACAAGUUAGGGAUGUAUCCAGAUCAAGUACCCACUGACAAAGAAAGGUAUCAAAGAUUGGUUGGGCCACUGAUCUAUCUAUCACACACACGCCCCGACAUAGCUUAUGAUGUGAGUAUGGUGAGUCAGUUUAUGCAUCAACCGAGUGAGGCACACAUGAAUGGAGUAACACGGAUUAUGAGGUACUUGAAGGCUGCCCCUGCAAAAGGGUUGAUGUUCUCCAAACAUACACAUAUAAACCUGGAAGGAUACACAGAUGCUGAUUGGGCAGGAUCCAUCACAGAUAGACGUUCUACUUUUGGAUAUUUUACAUUUGUGGGUAGCAACUUAGUCACUUGGAGAAGUAAGAAGCAAAGAGUUGUGGCUAGAUCAAGUGCUGAAGCAGAAUUUAGGGGAAUGGCUCAAGUUCUGAGUGAAUUGCUCUGGUUACGGAGAUUACUGAAGGACCUUGGAGUUAAACCAUUAAAGGCUACAAACUUGUACUGUGACAAUAAAGCUGUAGUCGAGAUAGCACAUAACCCAAACCAACUUGCCGACAUUCUAACAAAGGCCGUAUCAAGUAAAGUUUUCUAUGAUUCACUUGACAAGUUGGGCAUGCGUGAUAUUUGCACCAACUUGAGGGGAAGUGUUAGUCAAGACAAAAACAAGACAUAG